AUGGGUAUGAGCCCCGGUGACUAUACCGUUCUCUUAGAUAUGGUAUCGAACCCAAAAGGCACAUUCUGGGCAAUGUAUCAUGAUGAUGCGCUUUUGAACACAACACACCCUCGCUUCCGCGACGGAAUGAGUCUUGCUGAACUAUUUGGUGCACUUAACAAUUGGCCCAAGCGAGAUCAAGACAUAGCACAUCGCAAUAUUGUGGCUGCAUUGCAGACCUACUCUCAUUUUCUUCUGGGACAAUUUUAUGGAGAGUUCUGGCCCUUGAGACCAGUCCAACAGAACAACUACAUGUACCCCCUUGAAUUUGGUCUCAUGGUCUAUAUGGAAGAACAAUGGAAGAAUAUAGCAUGGAUCUUCCUAGAUUGCGCACUUCCAGCCAUACCCAACUUUAAUACUUCAAGAGGCACAAAAUCACCAUUGAUGGAUCGUAUAAUGAAGGACAAGGUCUUCGACCCGGAUGAGAAGAGAGAAACGGCUCGUUCUGUUCACGUCCUUUUCUCAUCCGCCGGCACUGGGAAAACACGACAGAUAUUUGAGCUAUUGCAAAAGCAUUGGGGGUUCUAUCUUCUAGCCCCGAAUCUCGACCCUGUACCGGAAUCGUCAGAAAGUGACGCUGACAAUUAUGGAAGCAUCGAUAUUAUAGAUACGAAAAGAUAUUCGGCAUCUAGAGACACCUAUACUAUGUUUGAGGAUCAUCCUCAAAUGAUUCCAGAGUGGGUUUCCAAAGAUGCCAAUGUCUUCCAACCUCUUAUAGUCGCACGUGUUGCUCUUCUCUACGAGUUUUUACGCCGAUUUCCUUCUCCAACACCAACCCAAUGGCUCUGGCUACAGAUAUCCUGUGAUGCUUACGAUCCAUUCGAUGCAUUGUAUCGACUGUUUAGGUUGUCGUCAUCCGAAUAUCUAUGGUUCGAUGAUUGUGUCUACGUUUGGGCAGAAAUACCCGCCUUGAUCAUACCCAGAUGCUACGGCUUUCUCAAUGAACAUCCCGAUCACUUCUUUAACGGCUCACUAUACCACUGUUUUGAUGAAGCACAGCUUACUCUCGAUGACCCUCAGGCUUCCUCGAUGCUCAGUCACCUCUAUGCAACACUCACAUUGAUGUAUGUUCAAACCGGAGACUGGGCUCGAAGAGGUGGUGGUAGCAUUGAAGAACAGAGUGAUGAACACAUGGAGGAUCAAGAAAGUGAUGCAAGAUCAUGGCAGAUCAGUGACGAGUUACCAUACAUAAACCCAACCCUGAUAAUUUCGGGAACAUCCCUUCGCCUACAAGUGCUCGAAGAAAAACUCGCCACGUACUCUACGUAUGCAUGGGGUGAAGGUGAACAAACAGUGACAAAAUGGGACAGCUACAGCAUUCACGAUUCAUUUCCCCUGAUUGCAUCUGAUGCGGACUUUUGGGGGCUCUACGAACAACAUUUGACUGGCAUCAUCGGCGAAUGGAGAACCUCUCAAGGUUUGAAAGAAACUGGUAGUUGGUCAAUGUUACCUCUUUUAAGCCGCAGCGGUCGGCCCUUGGCGUUUGAGUCAUCUAAGAUUAAUCUCGAUAUACUUCAGGCAUGGCUAUGGAAACCAUUGGAAGUUCCCACGAUGCCAGAGCUUCUGGCACUGAUGAUUCAAGCCUACAAGCUAAUGGCGACAAGGAACCAUUCUACUGAUACCUCACAAAUACACCUAGAACAGCUUCUAGAUCAUCAAGAUUCAGAAGCUGUUGCUUCGGUUGUUACUCUGGGCCUCAUCCAAUUGUUCAAGACCAAUACAGCACCGGAAUUAGAGACCUUAGGUCAAUCCUUGCUGCAAUUACUAGCCGAUCAUGGCAAUGUCGCUAUGGACCAAAUGGCUUCAAUCAUCCAGAACAUAUAUACGCGAGUGGCGACUCCCGACAGACCGUUCAGUGAAAUAGCAGAGACUUUACACACAAGUUUGAGAAAUCUGUGUAUCCGAACCAUGAUCAAGUUGCAUAGUAUUGGCCAGCGCGGACGAUAUAGAUGGUCAACGGUCUACAUCGAGGAGAUAAUGCUGCUUUCUCAGCGUUUGGCUACGCCAGGGUCGUCUCUAUCAAAGAUACGGAUGAUCGUAGAAGAGGCAGAAAACAAAACGACAGCUGCAGCUAUCGAUGCUCUCAAAAGUCAAAUUCGCAAGAUGAAGUCCGCCGGGAAGGAGGAGCUAGUUCAAGAGUUGUUUCGCGCUGGAAUCCGAGCAGAAAUGAUGAGCUCUCCUACCAUUUUUUUGAAACCGAACUAUGCACAGUUGGUCACCUACGGAUUUGCCCUGGUUCUGAAUGACGGGAACACCAUAAGAUACACGUUUUCUGAACCGAUAGCUGUUCGAGCAGUCAUGGAAUAUCUUCGCACAGAAGGAGGAGAUGAGUAUCAAGAACUCAUGUUGCAUUGGCUUGUCCAUACACAAGAUGAUUAUGAGGUUCGAGGAAUGUUUGGGAAGGCUACGGAGUGGUUCAUUGCAAUGUCGUUCGAUCUUUUACUCCGACAUCAAAGACUUCAUCAGAUUGGUGAACCUAGUCUCUUGGACAGAUCUUCCCUUCGUGAGAACUUGUUGAAAUACUUAUCAGAAGCUGUAAUGUUGGAUUCAAAAACCCAAAAGUUGUUAAAGCUGAGCACUGUGGUUAGGAUCAGUGACUUUUCCCUGCCUGAAUCGCAGACCAUUUUCAAACAUGAGACUCCAGGUACGAUCUGGAACUGGAUGAAACAACAUCGAUCAGGAGACCAAGCUUCUUCACCCACGUUCAUGUUUCCCGACAUUAAUGCUGGUCCGGAUCUGGUCUUCCUAUUGCAGAAGCACUUGACAGAUUCCGAAGGGCACAAGACACGUGAAUUGGGGCAUAGACGUCUCGCUGAUAUCGAUAAAAUGUUUAUUAUAUCCCAGAUCAAAACCGGCCGAGGAGCACGCUUUGAAGAUGCGAUGGAAACAUUGUUAGAUUCCAACUGGCAUAAAAACCUGAAGAAUAGCACACGGGAGGCUGAGUCUGGGGAGCUCGAACACUGGGGAGACACUCCAUUUGUAUUGCUUCUGGUCUGCACAGGAAUCACUGUGAAGCAGGCAAGGGUACAAAGCUGGAUCCGGAAGAAUUACAAUCGCAUUAAGGCAAAUCAUUUUGUCUGCGUUCUAGAUGAGACCGUUGCUAGCAGCAUCUGGGGAAGCGACUUUGCAGUGCUGGCAGAUGCUAUAAGAAGACAAGAUUCACAGAAGGGCAAAGGUUGGGAGCAGCAUAUUAGAAAACGCAUCUAG